AACUACGUUUUUGUGUCGCUUCAAUGGAAAAUGGCGAUCGUGAUAAGUUAAUGUGGAUAAUGAAAUGUUUCAAUUUUAGUGUGUGUAAUAGGGUUUGAAAUAGAUCAAAAGUGAUUAUUAGUGCUCUUUGUGAAUGGUAGUCAAAAAUGCAGAAUGUAUCGCAAGAUUCGCCAGUAGAUAAACCGACAAUUGAGAAAGUGAAUGUUCAAUACGAUAUUCGGACUUCGUCAACUCCCCGUUCAACUUCGAAUUCAAGUCUUGCUAAAUCAGAAACGGAAACGUAUUCUGAAAGAAGAAGAUACAUGUCGGACUCUUCAGAAAGCGAAGAAGAUAGUGUUUCUGAGGUCGAGUCUUUCAUGAUAGAUCAGGAAUUUGAGGAAGAUCCAGCAGCGAAGUUCCUUUUGAAUCCUGACGAAGAUAGAGCCGUCGAUCCUGAAACCCAAGCACGUCUAGAAGCUUUAUUACAGGCAGCAGGUAUAGGCCAGUUGGCUGCUAAAGAUGGCAAACAUUUAGCCGAUCCUGAAGUUUUGAGGCGUCUCACCUCGAGUGUAUCUUGUGCUUUAGAUGAGGCUGCAGCCGCGCUCACACGCAUGCGAACGGAUAACCCACGCUGCAGCCAAGCGGACAAAGCUUCUUUGGUAGAGGCCUGUACAGACGGAGACGUAAGAACCGUGCAAAAGCUACUGACGGAGGGUGGUAGAAGUGUUCACGAGACGAGCGAAGAAGGAGAAAGCCUUCUAUCCCUUGCUUGCAGUGCAGGAUAUUUCGAAUUGGCACAGGUUCUUUUAGCCAUGCAUGCUAAUGUGGAGGACAGAGGCAUCAAAGGAGAAUGUACACCCCUUAUGGAGGCUGCCUCGGCAGGUCAUAUAGAAAUCGUUCGAUUACUUGUUGCUCAUGGAGCAGAUGUCAAUGCGCAGUCUACAUCGGGGAAUACACCUUUGAUGUAUGGCUGUGCAGGGGGUCAUACAGAAGUAGUAAAAUUCUUACUAGAGCACGGUGCUAAUGUGGAAGAUCAUAACGAAAAUGGGCAUACACCAUUGAUGGAGGCCGCCAGCGCAGGCCAUGUAGGUUUGGCGAAACUUCUGUUGGCGCAUGGAGCAGGAAUAAACACCCACUCUAAUGAGUUCAAAGAGUCUGCUCUGACAUUGGCCUGCUAUAAAGGACACCUUGAUAUGGUGAGGUUCCUAUUAGAAGCUGGUGCCGAUCAAGAACACAAGACUGACGAGAUGCACACAGCCCUAAUGGAAGCAUCGAUGGACGGUCAUGUAGAGGUAGCGCGUUUACUACUGGAUUCAGGCGCGCAGGUUAACAUGCCCACCGAUAGCUUUGAAUCGCCACUCACAUUGGCAGCUUGUGGUGGUCAUGUUGAUCUUGCAAUGCUCCUAAUCGAAAGAGGAGCAAAUAUCGAGGAAGUAAAUGACGAGGGCUACACGCCCUUGAUGGAGGCUGCUCGGGAGGGACAUGAGGAAAUGGUUCACCUGCUUCUUGGUCAAGGUAGAGCGAACAUCAAUGCCCAAACGGAUGAAACUCAAGAAACUGCCCUCACACUCGCUUGUUGUGGAGGGUUUACUGAUGUUGCUGAUAUUCUAUUGAAAGGCGGAGCAAAUAUCGAACUUGGUGCCUCUACCCCCUUGAUGGAAGCAGCUCAAGAAGGACAUUUGGAUUUGGUGAAAUUCCUCUUGCUGCAUGGUGCAAAUGUAGAGGCACAGACACAAACGGGUGAUACAGCUUUAACAUAUGCCUGUGAAAAUGGUCACACCGAUGUAGCCGACCUUCUGUUACAAUACGGUGCCAAUCUGGAACACGAGUCUGAAGGUGGCAGAACUCCUUUGAUGAAGGCUUGCAGAGCUGGACAUUUGUGCACUGUGCAAUUCCUCAUCUCAAAAGGGGCAAAUGUCCGCAAGCAGACCACAAACAACGAUCACACUCCGCUCUCUCUUGCCUGUGCUGGAGGACAUAUGGCAGUGGUCGAGUUGCUUUUGUCCCAGAAUGCAGAUCCUAAUCACAAACUGAAGGAUAAUUCUACUAUGCUUAUUGAAGCCGCAAAGGGAGGACAUACAAAUGUUGUGCAACUACUCCUCGACUUUCCACACUCGAUUCAAUCCCUAGCUCUAAAUCAACAUCAAGUGGCUGGCUCGACUACUAAUCUUUCCAUAGCUUCGUCGCAGAUUAGUAACAGAGAUCAAUCCUUGAGUCAGGGAGUAGUCGCUCAGAAUAUUUCCGGCCAGUCGGUCAACUUUUUCCAUCAACCUACAGGUUCAGUGUUGCAAGAAGUUCCUGAAGCAGUUAGGAUAAUACCUCAGGAUGAUCUCAAUUUAACAAAUGAGAUCAAUAAACAGCAGCAGAUGGCUGGAUCCAGUCGAAGUCAAGAAACUCUUGGGAAGAAGUCUGCAAAGCAAUCCCUUUUACCUAAGAGCCAAUCGACUGGAAAUGUGUUUGAGAGUAAUCUAACAUCUGCCGAAGCACAGCAGGUUCGAUCUCAGCCUCUGGACUUCGAAGAUGAUAUAUUUUCCUCAUCAGCAGCCAUGGAAUUCCUUCAGAAGGAGGAUCAAAAUAGUACUCUUAUUGAAUUCAUCAAAAAUAGAAAGAAGCAUUUUGGAGGAGAGGAGGGAUCAACACAGAAACAGCAGAUUCUCGAGGAAUUGCACAAAGUGGAAAGAGAGCUCCAUGGGAAACAACAACCACCUGUGUUUCAAUACACACAGGAACAAUUUGCUGCCAGUUCUUCUGUAACUCUUCCUAACAUGACUAGUAUAGAUCUAGGGAUGCAACAACAACAAGGUUCAACAACUUGUUUGCAAUCGCCUACCUUCAAGCUUGCAGUAGGAGAUGCAGGAGCAUUGGGCAACAAUCCCAUUCAACCAUCUUUCUAUUUUACUCCAAUGUCAUCUUCUGUUACUGUUUCCUUAAACACUGCCACUACCAGCACCGCCAAUCAACCAGUUAAGUUUUCGAAUAUUGCUCAUAGCGAGGUUAAAGAGACCACGGCUGUUAGUGAUCGCCCUAAGGCGAAACCAGCUAAGAAAGAAGGGAAAAACGUCCGCAAACAGCAACAGCAAUUGUCUGUUCAGCCCAAUAUUUACUCGCAGCAACUUCAAAUCCAGCAACAGAAUCAAUUCGUGUCAGCAUCGACACUACAACAAGCUGAAAUCAUCCAACAGCAAAAUGAUCCUAAAACCACUCAGUUCAGUCUGCAAACUAUGACUGGUAUAGAUCUAGAUAACUUAGAUCAAGAGUCAUUAGUCUUGAAAGAAGAAACGAGUGAGAAUUUAUUAACAGCUUCAAUUCUUCAGCAGUUUCAGAAUUCCACUCUCAGGACUUUCAUUGAUUCAAAUAAAUCAAGGAUCGAAUACGGUACAACUUCAGAAGGAAGUGAUUCUAAAGCUCAAAUACUGAACAAGGAAUAUUCUUCAGUUGAAGAAGUUGUUCGUUCUUUAGACACCUUUACAGCAGAAAGUGGGGAGCAAUCACUUGCCCAACAUGGACUUCAGGUUCAGCCCUAUCCAAGCUCGUUAGAAGAAUCGAUGAUUGCGUCUAUAGCCACUCAGCAAGAUUUAUCACCUUCAACGGAUCUCUCGCGUGUCGAGUACUUCGUACAGUCAAAUGGCACCCAACUUCCUAUGCAUACACUGUACCCCUAUGAACAUUACUUAACAGCACCUGGUGUCCCGAAUAAAGGAGAAAGUGGAGCCAUUUAUCAGGCAGGCUUUCAGGCGGGAAUUAAUCUCAUGUCGCAGCAUCUUGCAUGUCCAAGUGUUACCGGAGCUGAACCGUUGUCUCCAGUGAGCGCAGGUACACCUUCAGUAGGAGCAAUCGCUGUAUCGCCUACCCAACAGUAUGUGAACGCUUCCAAGCAACUACCUCUCCAAAUGCAGAACCCCGGCCAUCUUAACGCAUCCCAAUUGCAAUCGGUACACCAUUACCAACUUCAACACCAGCAGCAAAUUUUACAAGGUCAGUUGCAACAGACGGCGGGGCAGGUGCAAGCAGCUACGCAGACGUCCCAGUCGUCUAAUGUUACUCUGGACACGAGGAAACAGCCUAAAGCUGCAUCAGUUACUGAUAAUGUCAAAACCAAAAAGGGGCGUUUGGGACGGCAUCCUAACCAGCUCGGGAACAAUUUCCAGCAGAAUCAGACCUACCAGAUCGACCCUAAUUCUGCUAUUACACAAUACAAUAAUGCAAACAACCAGCAACCAUGCCCCAACCCCAUUGUAUCACCAAGUUUGGACGUGGACUCUGAAACUGAGAGCAACCAUGAUACUGCUUUGACAUUAGCUUGUGCUGGAGGUCAUGAGGAAUUGGUAGAACUAUUGUUGAAUAGAGGUGCCGACAUUGAACAUCGCGAUAAAAAAGGUUUCACCCCACUGAUAUUGGCUGCUACAGCUGGGCACGAAAAAGUGGUAGACAUUCUACUCAAUCACAAUGCUGAUAUUGAAGCACAAUCAGAGCGAACAAAAGAUACUCCUUUGAGUUUAGCCUGUUCUGGUGGAAGAUACGAGGUCGUAGAAAUGCUACUCAAGCGCAAUGCGAACAAGGAACAUCGAAAUGUAUCAGACUACACCCCCCUGAGUUUAGCAGCAUCUGGAGGAUAUGUUAAUAUUAUUAAGUUACUACUAAAUCACGGUGCUGAGAUAAAUUCUCGUACUGGUAGUAAGUUGGGAAUAUCGCCUCUUAUGCUUGCGGCAAUGAAUGGACAUACAGCUGCUGUGAAGUUAUUGCUUGAUAUGGGUAGUGAUAUCAAUGCCCAGAUCGAGACUAAUAGGAACACGGCGUUGACUUUGGCAUGCUUUCAAGGACGUCACGAGGUGGUCAGUCUUCUGUUAGAUAGGAAGGCCAAUGUCGAACACAGAGCUAAGACUGGAUUGACACCGUUGAUGGAAGCAGCCAGUGGUGGAUAUGUGGAGGUUGGUCGCGUACUUUUAGACAAAGGCGCUGAUGUCAAUGCUACUCCAGUACCAUCAUCUCGAGACACAGCUUUGACGAUAGCAGCUGACAAAGGUCAUGUUAGAUUUGUGGAACUCCUAUUGUGUAGAGGGGCUCUAGUUGAGGUCAAAAAUAAAAAAGGCAAUUCGCCUCUUUGGCUAGCCGCAAAUGGAGGACAUUUAGCUGUGGUUGAACUCUUGUAUAAUGUCAAUGCUGAUAUUGAUUCUCAAGAUAAUAGGAAGGUGUCCUGUUUGAUGGCAGCUUUCAGAAAGGGACAUGUCAAAGUUGUUAAGUGGAUGGUACAUUCAGUGACUCAAUUCCCUAGCGAACAAGAGAUGAUUCGUUAUUUAUCUACCAUUAAUGACAAAGAUCUUAUGGAAAAAUGUCAAGAGUGCAUCAGGAUCAUACAAGCUGCUAAAGAAACACAAGCAGCCAAGGCGAAUAAGAACGCCACCAUUUUGUUAGAAGAAUUAGAUAUGGAAAGGACGAGGGAAGAAUCCAAAAAGUUGGCAGCUGCCAGGAGAAGAGAGAGGAAAAAGAAGAAAAAGAUGGAAAAGAAAGAAGAGAAGCGAAAACUGCUUGAAGAAAACAAGAAAAAUGAAAAUUAUGAUGACAAACCUGAUACAGACAAAACAGAGGAGAAGGAAGAUGAAGAAUGCCAAGUUGAAUCUCCGGGAAGAACAGUAGAAGUUGGUGACAAGGAAGAGGGAGAUAGUGGAAUUGAUGCGAAUAGUCAAGGAAGUUGUUCGAGUAAUGACAUUAAAUCAAAGGACAAAAGAAAAGAUAAAAAGAAGAAGAAAAACGCUUCGAAUGCCAAGAACAGCAACCGGCCAAGCCCAAGUAAAUUGCAAACACCUUAUGACCUACCAUCGGAUAAAACCGAGAAGUCUAAUGAAAAACACAAUCAAAAUAUCAGGAAGACUCUGAUAUUCGAGGGCAAGAGCCCCGCGGAACGGGACGAUUUCGAGGCCACCGGAAAUGAAUACGUCCCAUCGAGUAAAAUCAAAAAGAGUCCACCCCACGACGAUCAUUCCCCAAAGAAUACCAGUCCGAAGCAGAAUUUGAAAAGAGAGGAAGGAUGGAAAGAAGUAGUGCGAAAAUCUUCUGUUCAAACUGUUCCGACCAAUGAAACCGGCGCUAAAAAAGUAUCUGUACCUUUGAACGCCAUUUCUAGGGUUAUUGGAAGAGGGGGUAGCAAUAUUAAUGCCAUACGAGGUGCAACGGGUGCUCACAUAGAGGUGGAAAAACAGAGCAAAGGACAAGGUGAAAGAAUAAUCACAUUGAGAGGUGCGCCAGAUGCCAUCAAACUCUCGCAGACAUUAAUCGCUGCAUUGAUUAAAGAUCCCGAUGUAGACAUAAUGCAGAUGCUACCUAAAGCGGUGAAAACAAAUCCAUCAACAACUACUCUAUGGGAUAAGACUCAGAUUGGUACCAAAAAAGCAACUGGAAAAGCCGCUAAUGCCGUUCCUCCUUCUCAAAAGAUCGAGAAAUCCGUACCGACGAGUAUUAUGACGAACACAGGUUCGGUAGCGAAGUCAGUACCGUCCGUAGCGCCGAAGGGCAAGUCGUCAUUCAUCGUCACAAACACGAGAAAUACCGCUCCGAGACUGAUCGCCCAAGCCGAGAAGAACGCCAAUCAACCUUCGGCCCAGAUCAAGCCUUCGAUUCAGAAUUCAUCCAAUCCCGGAGCCAGAUCGUCUAAUAAAACCGUUGCCGCUAACCAGUCUUUCGCUGCGAAGCUCACAGAUGCGAGUGCAGCUCCUCCGAGUGCGGCGGCUGCGCAGAGCAGCAUGAAAUCCGCUAUGAACAUGCCGCAUUCGGGCAACGAGCCCAUAUCGACUAAAAUAACACGAGUGCCAACAAGCGUGGCCCAUUCUUCCCCCGUUAAACACAAUCGACCGGAACCGACAGCUUCUGCUCCACCUACGAUGCAGCACUUCCAGAGUCCCAGAAAAACUCCGCACGUUCCGUCAUCUAAUCAGAUGACCCUCGUAACCAUGUCCACGAGCGAUAUUUCUGGUAUUGGUGGAAGUGGAGAUCACGUGAGAUGUACGACGCCGAUAAAGAAGCCAACGUCUCAGUUGAGCCACAACGAAGACUGUCAUCCUUUGUCGUCUAGUGUGUCUGCUCAUUUGGAGUAUUCUUUGUUCAAUUCCGGCGAUCAACAAACUAUGUGGCGAAGGGGUGAUGAAUCGCAAAAGCCGGUUAAUUUUGCCGCAGCUACGGGAAAUUCUAAUGUACAAGCCGCUUCUGCUGGCCCCAAGUUCAUUGCGCAAGAUCUGCCUCCACAAGUUGAUGCAUCUAAGGCUCCUGGUUACAGAGGAGGAACUACGUCUUCUCCGAUUUCUUCGAAAACUAACAGCAACAGUACGACGCCUCCGAAUAUGUCUGCGGCUUCAUAUACGCAGUAUCACGAUGCACAAAAAGCACAACAUUUAUCUCAUAUGACAAACGCUAUUCUCAGACCUCAGUCAUCACAAAAUAAUAUUCCGAAUGAAAUGCAAGCAACCAGUAAUUAUUACGGUGAAUUAUUCAAUCAAGGAGGGGCAGUUUCCAGUAUAUCGAACCCGGUCUUGAAUCUUGGAAAAGAUAGCCAUCUGAUACCCUCCUACAAUCAACCAACUCAAACCAGUACUGGAAGGAAUCAAAAUUACUCGCAGAGCACUCAGCCAAUUGUCAGUAUGUCUAGGUUGAAUCCUAAAGCGCCAGAUUUCUCAAGUUCCUUGUAUUCUGUUUCAAACAAGUUACCCCACCAACAGCAACAAGCACCGUUGUUCAGCGCAUAUUCCAUGGAUAGUACGAAUCCUAUGCAUUUCGUACCUAAAGGAAAUAUGGAAAAUUAUCACAGAAGCGGCAUGGUUCAGACGAAUCAAAUGCCAUUGAUGCAACUACAACAGCCCUUAACGCAACAACAAACAGAAUUGAUAAGCGGAAUGGCAACGGGUCUCACUCUGCAUAACAUCGCCCGAGCAACUGGGAGUGAAAUUCUCGAGAACCCAACAGAUCUGGGCUUGAUGAAUAACUCGCCGAACAUGUCGCCCAAUAUGGCACCCCUGCAAAACCCCGAGAAUAAUUACAUGGAUGACAGAAAACCAAUACCACCCCAACCAAUCGGUACCGAACGAGCUAGGAGAAAUUAUAAUUCUAGCUUAGAAGGCAACAAUUGGAUGAUGGCUAAUGACAAAAGUCAAACCAGAUGGACAAACCAUAAUUUGGACAGGAUGACCAUCAGGGGUGUAUUGGAGCCGUCCAUGGCAGAUACUUAUGGCCAUGGUAUGCAAAUGGACAAUACUCCCAACUAUUCCAACACAUCCUCUAUGCCACCUUUUUUGCAAAUGAGUGGACCUUUGGAAUACGUGCCACCUACUUGGAAUGCCAACGCUCACCAAAGUUUAAUGGAUGAUAAACAAGUAUGGGCCAUGUCUGAUUGGAAACAAUAACUUCAACCAGAAGCCGAAAAAGACUCGCAGAAGAGAUUGUUCUUUCCUAUACUGUGAUUCCCAAAAUUAAUCUGCGAAUAUAAUUAAUUCAGCAAGCAACUUCUCAUCUUAAGAAGUCUGGAAAAUAAAUUUGUUUACAGCCCUUUAUACAGGUUCCAUCAAGUUACACUUUCGUGCCUGCAGGAUUGGGUGUAAAUGAUAUCUUUGUUUGUUUUUUCUCCUUUGUAUAGAACAACAUUAGCAUGUAUUGUUUCCUUCGAACGCUUAUAGUUAUGUGAUGAAAUAAUUGAAUUUAUAUUUUUUGCUGAAUUCGAAUGAGGAGAAAAGGCUUCGUUAGUGGUUCUUCGGGAGCCUUUAGCUAAUCGAACAUGGUUAUAAUAUGAAAAAUAUACUAAACAUUAUAUAAGAUAUACAAAUAUAUAUUAUACAUACAUAUAUAUUGUAGUAAAUAUUUCGAAAUGGUGUAGAGGGUUGGCGAUAGGAAACUGAUAAGACUUUGUUACAGAUGUGUCUAUUACAAAACAUAUGCAUGUAUUAUUUAUAAUAAUAUACCUAGAUGUGUGUGCAAAUAAUUUUUGCAUGUCACAAACUGCUUGACAUGAAAUGACGGUCAUUGAUCCGCAUCUGUCUUAAGGUUAAUUUUAUGGAAUAAAUUGUAAAGCUGCUUGUACAUGAAGAAUUGAAUAUAUCUCUAUGCACUCUA